GGGGUGGGAAAAUUCGUGUGUGUUUUUCAUAUCCGAAGCGAACGUUGGACCGCAAAUUACGAGAACCGAUAGACUCCAAGAUUUGAUAGUUUUUUGUUGUCAGUGCAUUCUUCUAGUGCAGUGUUUUGUUUAGUCUAGACAUCUAGAAUAGAGAUCUAGAUCUAGAUCUAGUUCUGGUGGUUUUGGAUCUAGAGUUCUAUGACAUAAUCGAAGUGUGUGUGUGUUCAAACUUCGUGGGUGUAUUUCUCAGUAUUCUGUGUGAUAUUUUUUUUUUAUUAAUGUGACAUGUGCUUCUUUGGAUAUACUGGAUACUUCACUGGAUACAAUAAUGUUUCUCGGUGUAGAUGAUUCAGUUACAUGUAGCAUUAAUUAUGAUUAUGCCGGUAUAUUCAAUUCUCAUGCUAGAGAAGGAUGAAAUCUUCAUCAAAACAUGUUAACAAAAAACAAACUGCUUUAGGAAUGAUAAUUGUCAAUUAAAAAAAAAUAUGCCUAGUAAAGAGAAAUGAAAUACUGCAUUAAAAUCUUGAACGCUAGCCGUGUGAUAAACCGGUGGACAUAUUUCGUUUAGCACUUGCUUGGAAGGAUUCACUUUUUUGGAACUAUGACCACACCUAUUCUCGACAUCCGCUUAGUGAGAGGUUAAAGGUUAAAGCUUUCCAAAGAUGGCGAGCGCGCUUCAGUUUAAAAAGUGCUUUCAAUUACUGUUGCUGUUGUUUUUCUUGGAUAUAAAUUUAGAGUUAAAUAACAUAUCAGCACUUGAAACAGCAACUAGAUCAAUGUCUACAACAUCAGGUGGUCCUGUCAUUAUGCAGCGACCAAGCAACAUUACCGUAGUGGACGGGCAGAGGGUGGUGCUUCCUUGUGUGAUAGAAGCUUUCCCGCAGCCCAUAUCUUUUACCUGGUACAAGGACACAGUUGACAUAAGAACAACAGACAGUUUCAUGGCACAGAGAAUAUCAAUUUUAGAUGAUGGAAGUCUGUUAAUAAAACCUGCAGUGAAGACAGAUCGAGCAUGGUACACAUGCAAGGCAAGCAACUCUCUCGGGAACGAUGAAGCCCCUGCUUACCUAAACAUCAUCUAUAAACCUGAAGUGAUUACUCAGAAAAUGCCAGCAGAGAUUACAUGGGCUAAAGGAUAUCUCCAACAAAUUGACUGCCCCGUUGAUGCUAACCCUCCACUGAAAAACGUUCUGUGGACCAAGGACCAGAACUCUGUCUCCUCGAUGGGCCGUUUUGAUAUUUUGGAAAAUGGGACUUUAUUGGUCAGUAAUGUUGAAGAGUCUGAUGCGGGAAGCUACAAGUGUACUCCCUACAACGUGUUAGGCAGCGGCCCAAGCUCCCCUAGGGUCCAGGUGCAGGUCAAAGAUCCGCCACGGAUCACCAUUAGCCCUGACCCUCUAUACAUUAGAAACGUUGGUGAGUCAGUGCAGAUGGGCUGUGAAGCUACUGGGACUCCAUCAGUCUCUGUUCACUGGAUUAAGGUGGGAAGUAAAAUAGAGGGUGACCCCAGGAUCACUGUGACUGACAAGUACUUGGAAAUCAAAGAUUUGACCAAAGAUGACCAUGGCAAAUAUGAAUGCAGAGCCAUCAAUGAUGUGGCCACGGUAGUCAGUGUCACGGAGCUCAGAGUAUCGAACACAACACCAUAUGCCCCUUACAAUGUUACGGUGGUGCCUGGAUUGUUUAAUGCCUCUAUUUCCUGGGAGCCAGCAUAUGACGGCGGCACAACUCCAUAUUAUUUUGUCAAUUUUCGUGCUGUUGGAGACCCUCAGUGGACUACAAUGAACGUUGAAGCCAAGUCCAGUUCAGCCAUUACCGUGUUUGGCCUCCAGCCAGACACUGAAUAUGAAUUCAGAAUUGUGGCCAGAAACGCAUACGGAGAUGGCACCACCAGCUCUGUUGUUAGGCAGCGAACUUUGGCUGUCGAACUCAGCACCGCAAGCAAGCUUGACACAACAACUUCUCAUAUGGCAUACGAUCCAAAAGCUGUGUUGGCUUUGCCAGUAGAUAGAGAGGGCGUCCCCUACUACCCAGAGAUUAGCGAGAACAAAGGGCCUUCACCGUCUGAGCCUCAAAAUCUGAGCGCACAAGUCAGGGACAAGGACAUCAUCUUAAACUGGAAAGUACCGCUGAUAUCACCAGUGCCCAUUUUCUCAUACAAGAUAGAGUACUCCCAUGAAAACAGUAACUGGAUUAUCUAUCCUGUGAGGGUUAUAGGUGGCUCCACAAGCUACGCUGAAAUGAAGGACAUGGGGAGUGGUACCUACAACAUCCGGCUAAGGUCCUACGGCGUUCUGGCCUUCAGCAUUCCAUCCAAAGCAGCUCGGGUCACUGUGCCCAGUGGAAAGCCCAAAUCUCCAGCGAAUCCGAAUGCGGAUGCCUCGUCAUCUUCCGAUGACCUUGUCCUUCCUGAGGCCCUGAUUGGUGGAAUCAUUGGAGGUGUCCUCUUCCUAUUGGUUGCAGUCCUCUUGGCUCUGGUUGCCAUUUUUCACAGUAGGAAAAAGGACAGAAAAGCCAAAUCUAAAUACAAUGAUGUGACCUACGGCAAACCAGAUGAAAUGAAUGGCAGACAUGAACCUACGCCAAAAUGGGAUCGCUGGCAGCACAAUGGAGGAGGAGACUUUGUGACAUCGCUAGACAACAGGGACGGCAUUUUUUUUCUACCCCAGACUCGCAGACUCGACCAGUCGGCUGAUAUGAGGUCAUCGCUUGUGAAUGACGUUAUGGAUUCUCACAGCUAUGGCCGCAGUGUCGCCGCUGGUAGGGAGGGGUAUGACCAGGAUGCUGGUCGCCAGGUGCCUUUGACUCAUGACAUUAGUUUUAGGAGUGACAGGUCACAGGCUGGGUCGUUCCGGGCUCGUCCAGAUGUUAAGAACUCGACCUGGCCUGACCAGCACAGUGUUAGCCAGCUGCCUUUAUCCAGAUCUUUGCCUCUGAAUUCAGGCCACUUGCCUCAUACCAGUUAUGCCCCUCUCCACAAGCAUGCCAAUGCAGCCCCGCCUCCUCCAGUGAUUCUCCCAACGUCCCAUGAACCUCCAACUCUGCCGAAAUCUGUCUCAUUCCCUGCUCCCCAUUCAUCCAAAGCGUCAGAAUUGCCGACCAUCUCCAAACAGCAUCCAAGCCAGUCCGCCCAGUAUGUCAAUCAUCCAUCCUACCACCAUCAUAAUCGCAGCCACUCUGGGUCAUCCUUGAGAGACACUCAGCAUCCAAGUUUUCAAAGUGAUGACGAUGAGGUGUUUGGGGCAGUGGGGCCACAUCCUCCCCUGUUUCCUCGCCACAGUUCCAUGAAACCUAGCCAGAUGACCUACUUAACUGACGAUGAUGCCAUCCAUCAACCAAACAUUGGGGCUCCACUCUUUGGGGUAGAAGACAUUAGCUCAGUGCUGGAGCCAAACUCUGAACAGCUUUCUCAGAACCAGCCAAGCCAUUCCACAUCAGCUUCCAGCCACCCCAUAAACAAUUUUAACUUUGACAGUGACAUUCCAGCCCCUGGGUACUACGUUAACACAGGAGACACUAACAGGCCCUUUGCCAUGGUCACCCCAUCGCAAAAGCACAGGGCCCCUAGUGACAACGAAAGUAACAACAGCAGUGGAAGGCCCCUGGGCUACACCAGGGACCACCUUCAAGGUGUGGUCCAGAGACUUCGCAGCUCAUCUCGCUCCCAUUCUGCAGGCCCCCAUUCUCGCUAUGCCAACAUAUCUGGCUACUCUGAUCCACUUCCCCAGAGUCGUGCCAACCUGUUUAUUCCUCCAAAGGUCUCAAAGUCACAUUCCAACUUACAAGACCCUGUGUACUACAACACGGUCAAUCGUAGACAGGCUCCUUACCACAUGUCAGACCUGGAAGAUGACUGGCCACGGCUUAGGGCCCAAAGUGAUGGUAAUCAUGGUUUGAGGAAUAAUGAAUACUUGGGAGAUAGUGCCAGUAAUAGACCAUCGUUAUCCUACCCGGACAUGACUUCUCUUCCACGUGCUGGAGAAAGGUCAUCCAAUGAUCUGCCAAUAGAUCGGAGAAUUUAUCCAACGAGUAGAAAUUAUCCAGAGCCUCCUCCUCCUAAACCAGCCCACCUCUAUCCUCAUCCUCAACGUCGUCCAGCAUACUUAGAACAAGCUCAGUCAUCAAACAGGUUUGACCCUAGAGAAGCCUUGCCUACACGGUACACCACUCCAUUGACCAGCUUUUCUGACCCCAGUGGUCAGUACCGGCAUGUCCAGCAUUUUGGAGAGGAUCCUGUGCAUCAUGACAGCGGCAGCCACAGCAGUGGAGUUGGCAGUAGGAACACUUCUCAGAGCACAGGGUCGCUGCACCCUCAUCGGCGAGGGAGCGGGGGCAAGGGAAGUACCUCCCUGAGUUCUGCUCAUGACCCGGACCUCAGCUUGGAAGCAAGCCAUAGUUUCGGUGUUCCUGCCCACCGUAGAGACACCUCUGGGGAUGAGAACUACGAGUUUGACUCUUUGAACGCUUUGGAAAACGAUAUCAUUGAUGAUCUGCGGCGCUACUCCCGACUCAGUGGGAAUGCUGAGGGGCCAGUGGGGUCAGCACAUUCAGGCCAAGUUCCCAACGCCCAGGACAAUCAAUAUGCUCCGCGUAGCAAGCCCAGCCGCUAUCCUGACUCAGACGUAAGGUUUAUGAAACUGAGGGAGGAGUUUAAACAGUACAGGCAGCAGCAGCUACGUCCUGACGAGGACCUGCGGCCCCCACCCACUGCUUCGUCUGCGCUACCUAUUGGUCAAAAUGGGGAGCCACUUUAUCCAAUGGACAGUGAGAUGUUGUAGAAGUUAAAAAGUCUCUAUUUAUUUUUGUACAUCCAGAAAAAGAUUCUUGUUAAAUUAGAAAUUAUCAUCUUUUUUUUUUUUUUUUUAUUUGGCAUUCCACAAAGUUCUCUAUGAAUGGACUUGAUAAUUGUUUUUAAAAAUAAAACACGUCCAAAAUCCUUUAAGCUCAUUUACAUCCCAACAUUGUCGUAACUUUCAAAUCAUACAUGUAUUUGUUGCUUCCUGUUGCCGUAUUAUCUAUAUUUAUUUUGUAAUACACUUUUUUAGGUCCGUUUCAUGGUCUAGGUAAGUAUCAGCAGUGAGGGAAUGACACUGUAAUUGUAUCCUUGGACGGCUUUGUCGUUUUUAUCAUCGUAUCAGCAUUCUGAACUCUCUACGAGGGCUUCUCAAGUCUAGCGGGCCAGGGCCAUGUUGUUUCUGAUGUUCUGGGUUAGGGUUAGACUUUUUAUCAACUGUACCGUAGUUCGUAAUAUUUGUGGCACCAGAGAGUUUGUUUAAAAAGAACGAAAAUAAUUUGACUUUAGAUGAAUGCUGGGCCACAUGGCACCCUGUUUGUUAACCAUUGGCUAAAGAAACAGAUGACCUUAACAUUAUCUGCCCUAUAGUUUACAAAGUCUUAAAGGUACCGGUAAACUUUUACUAUUGGCGUGAUAGGGAACACAAUGUUCCUCUUUUUUUAUUUUUGAGUACUGGUAUUUUCAAGUUCUAUGCUACGAGGGCUGCUCAGAAAUCCACAUCCUUACUUUAUUUAUAGUCACACUCGCUUUGACCUGUUUGAGGAGUUUUAGUGUUGAGUAGGUAUUUUUUUUUUAGGCUACCUGCUAAACUGAAAUUUUUACUAGACCAAAAGUAAUUUUUGUGUGUUUCUAAGUAUGAGUAGGCAGUAGUUUGUUGGUCCAACCAUUGUCUUGAGGCUCCAAUCAAAUCUUCA